GUGGGUGGGGCUCAUUUUUCGCACAUAAUUAACAUUAGUUUGUUGCUCAUUAAUUUUGUAGCUAGCUAGCUUGCUUGCUUGCUAUUGUGCUAUUGACUAAGCGAAGGGGGCGAAAUUGUCACUACUGUACUUGAGAAAUGAAGAGUGUGCUUGUUAUAUUCGGCAUCUUAGCAACGGUGAUUGCUCAACCAGAAUGCCCUGCUGAUGCCAGUGAAGUUCUGAUCCUUGGUGGAGGGAUAACAGGGGUGGCUGCUGCACGGAGACUUCAUGAGCUGGGGGUGACUGACUUCAUUCUUUUGGAGGCUCAGGACAGGCUGGGUGGAAGGAUAAGAAAUGAAGAACUCGUUCCUGGUGUGAAUGUAAACGUUGGAGCUAACUGGAUCCACGGUGUUGAUAGAAAUAACCCUACACGACAUCCUCUGUUUUCUCUCAUGCAAGAUUGUGGUGGUCUGGAUGGCUACUACAGCAAUUUUGACAGCCUCGUUGUGUAUGAUGAAGAUGGCAAUGACGUACCUGCUGAUAACCUCAGACAUUCUGCUUUUACCGAUGCGAGUGAAGCAGCUUCAGAUCAGGCUGGCACUACUCCAGCAAACGACGUCAGUGCUCGAGCAGGUUUCACAGAAGCUGGCUGGACACCGAAUGGUGCCAACGACAACUGGGUUGAGUGGUACAACUUUGAUUUCAGCUCCAUAGAUCCUCCGGACAAUACCUCACUCCAAGCUUUUUCAAAUGAUGCAACCAGUAUGGAUUUUAGUAACACUCCGUCUGACUACCUUAUUACCGAUAACAGAGGUACCGUUUUCCUAAUUGAGUGCCUUGCCAAUGCAUUCACUAACAACAAUCCAACUUCUGACCAAAGAAUCCAUCUCAGCACAACAGUGACAACCAUUGAGUAUGGAGAUAGCUGCGUGUGUGCUACGGCAACUGAAAAUGGGCAGACAGUACGGUAUUGUGGGCGCUAUGCCAUUGUAACUUUUAGUCUCGGUGUGUUAAAAGCGCAAGCAUCAACUUUAUUCUCCCCACCUCUACCGACUGCUAAAACAAACGCUUUGGAUGGACUAAAUCUUGGUUUCUAUUAUAUUAUCUACGCUGUCUUCUCGAAUCGAUUCUGGGACGACAAUGUCGAGUACAUAGGUGUUACAUCAAGCACCCGUGGCUACCUACCUGUGAUCGGAGUUAUACCGGAGUCUCGAGGAGUUAAUGCAACAAUGAUGCCUGUAACAGGAGAAAUAGCCUUUCAACUUGCACGUCUUUCUGAAACUGAUUUAAGAGCGGCCAUUACAACUCUGUACAGUGACGUAUAUGGAGCCCCAGCUCUUGCUCCGACUAACAUUAUAAGCUUUCGUUGGGGCUUAAAUCCCCUCUUCAUGGGAUCGUAUAGCAAUGUCUUCCCACGUGGAAUUGGGGGAUUUACGGAGAUGGCCAGACCCGAGGGACGUAUGUACAUAGCUGGAGAAGGAACAAGCACAAGAUACCAAGGUUUCAUGCACGGAUCGUAUCUCUCUGGCAUUGAGACAGUCAACACUAUCAGGGGAUUAUCAUCUGGAACCAAACUCAUGGGAAAUUCUAUGCUUGUUCUGGUCAUUGCUAUUUGUAAGAUAAUGUUUUGAUCUAAUGUUACAGCUAUAGGCAACUAGAACCAGGCAUAGUAUAACUAUAACAUGCUAUGUAUAUAGUUAGUUUAGUCAACAUAAUUGUAUAUACAUUUAUAACAGAAUUGUUUGUUGUAUAUAUAGGCCUACCACAUCUAGAAAGGCAAUUCAGUGAUGAAUCGUUGAUAAAAAUAGAAACUAGAGUGCGAAAGUGCUGAACGAUCGGUCGCUUAAUAUGUAAAAACUUGACUUAACAGAAUAUGCUUUAAUAUGACAUUGCUCUAUUCUUUUGAUUCUCAUAAAUUAAAGUUCACCUAUUAUUCUUUUCCAUUCAUGAUUCACCUAUCAUAAUUAUGUUUUCCUUUGUUAGAAUUGUGCAACUGAGUCAGCGAUAAUCUGUACUAGUCACAUGGACAAUCUUUGGUUUAUAGUAUAUACUACCUUGACUCAUUUAUUUUUGUAUAGCCAUGCCCAACUUUUACUAUUAUGUCAGCAUAAUUUUUGAUGCUCGAGAGCACCUCAUAUACCGGCACAAUCUAUAAUUAUAUAAAGACCAUGA